AGGGGGCGCCGCGGCAGCGGGUGAAUGAGAGUUGGCCCCGAUCUCCGCGCAGGGGACCCCGACCGUCAUGUUAAGGUAAAGCAGAGGGGCUCAGUGCUGAACAUGCUAAAGAGGCUGGACAAAAUCAGGUUCAGAGGUCACAAGAGAGAUGACUUCCUCGACCUAGCAGAGUCUCCAAAUGCCUCAGACACCGAAUGUGGAGAUGAAGUGCCCCUGAAAAUACCUCGGACCUCGACCCGGGACAGCGAGGAGCUGAGGGACCCUGCUGGUCCAGGGACCCUCAUCAUGGCUGCAGGAGUCCAGGACUUUAACCGGACAGAGUUUGAUCGAUUAAAUGAGAUCAAAGGUCAUCUGGAAAUCGCCUUAUUGGAAAAACACUUCUUACAGGAGGAGCUCCGCAAGCUGAGAGAAGAAACCAACUCAGAGAUGCUUCGACAGGAGCUGGACCGGGAGCGGCAGCGGCGGAUAGAGCUGGAGCAGAAGGUCCAGGAAGUGCUGAAGGCCAGAUCUGAGGAGCAGACGGCCCAGCAGCCUCUGAAGGGGCAGGCCCAGGCCAACAACGGAGCAGACCGGCGCAGCCAGGGGCUGUGCCCCCGCGUCCAGAAGUGGUUCUACGAGAAGUUUGGGGAGUACGUGGAGGAUUUCCGGUUCCAGCCCGAGGAGAGCACCGUGGAGACGGAGGAGCCCCUCAGCGCCCGGAGGUUGACGGAAAACAUGAGACGACUAAAGCGCGGUGCCAAGCCCGUCACCAGCUUCGUGAAGAACCUCUCUGCCUUAUCCGACUGGUACUCCGUCUACACGUCUGCCAUCGCCUUCACCGUGUACAUGAAUGCCGUGUGGCAUGGCUGGGCCAUCCCCAUGUUCUUGUUUCUAGCAAUUUUGAGGUUAUCCCUCAAUUACCUCAUAGCCAGGGGCUGGAGGAUACAGUGGAGCAUCGUGCCUGAAGUCUCUGAACCAGUGGAGCCUCCAAAGGAAGACUUGACUGUGUCUGAGAAGUUCCAGCUUGUGCUGGAUGUCGCCCAGAAAGCCCAGAACCUCUUCGGCAAGAUGGCCGACAUCCUGGAGAAGAUCAAGAACCUGUUCAUGUGGGUCCAGCCUGAGAUCACGCAGAAGCUGUACGUCGCGCUGUGGGCGGCCUUCCUCGCCUCCUGCUUCUUCCCCUACCGCCUGGUGGGACUGGCCGUGGGACUCUACGCUGGGAUCAAGUUUUUCCUCAUUGACUUUAUCUUCAAACGCUGCCCGAGACUGCGAGCCAAAUAUGACACCCCCUACAUCAUCUGGAGGAGCCUGCCCACGGACCCCCAGCUCAAGGAGCGCUCCAGCACCGCCGUGUCGCGCCGGCUACAGACGGCCUCCUCCCGAAGCUACGUCUCCAGCGCACCCGCCAGUCUCAACAAGGAUGAAGACACUGGCCGCUUCCACGGUACCAAGAAAGGCAAUUUCCACGAGAUCUUUAACUUGACGGAAAAUGAGCGACCGCUGCCGGUGUGUGAGAAUGGCUGGCGCUGCUGCCUGAUAAACCGCGACCGCAAGAUGCCCACCGACUACAUCCGCAAUGGCGUUCUGUACGUGACGGAGAAUUACUUGUGCUUUGAAAGCUCCAAAUCAGGUUCUUCCAAGAGAAACAAGGUCAUCAAGCUGGUGGACAUCACAGACAUCCAGAAGUACAAGGUCCUCUCUGUCCUCCCGGGCUCGGGCAUGGGGAUCGCUGUGUCAACGCCAUCAACCCAGAAACCGCUGGUGUUCGGGGCCAUGGUGCAUAGAGACGAGGCGUUCGAGACCAUUUUCAGCCAGUACAUGAAAAUCACGUCGGCCGCGGCAUCUGGCAGCGACAGCUAGUGUUGAUUCUCCCGGGACGAUGCUGGAAGGGUUUUGUUUUGGUUUUGGUUUUUUUGUUGUUUUUUUUAAACAAUUUGAUAGUGGAGAAACAGCUGGACAGCCUCCUGAUCUUUUGCAAUAAUUCCCCUCGAUCUGUGGUU